CUCAAUUCUAAGUAUGUCAUUUAGAACAACCCUUGAUACACAUUAAGAACAACCCUUAACAGAUGACGCAAAGAGUGGAAUUUAACACCACUUGUGUACUUUGACCCAGGUUGUUCAUUUACAAGCUGUAUCUGUGAUUACCGGGAAAUAUGGCGAGAGAAACAGUAGCGAAAGUAGGAUUAGUUAACAUGCAAACUUACCAGUGAAUCUGUACCCACUGUAGAGAGCACCUUUAUAAAUUCCUGUUUUGUUUACUUCUUCACCCUUUCAGUUAGGUUAUGGAUUGCUACAAGGAAGCCAUCAGCAGCAGCUGGAUUUAUCCCACACUGAUCCUCUGUGCCAAUGGAUUUUUUUCCACGAUGAGGCCAUCGGAACCUUUUCUCACUCCUUAUCUAACUGGACCAGACAAAAACCUAACAAUUGAGGAGGUGACAAACCAGAUUUUCCCAGUUUGGACGUACUCCUACCUGGCGCUCCUUUUCCCCGUCUUCUUGAUUACGGACUACGCACGCUACAAGCCCAUCAUCAUCCUGCAGGGCGUCAGCUUCAUCAUCACAUGGCUCUUGCUCCUCUUUGCACACGGAGUGGUGGCCAUGCAGGUGGUGGAGUUCUUCUACGGCAUGGUGACAGCCACCGAGGUCGCCUAUUACGCCUACAUCUACAGCGUCGUCAGCACCGAGCACUACCAGAAAGCGACCAGCUACUGCCGCAGCAUCACCCUUGCGGCGGCCACCGUUGCUGCAGUGCUGGGACAGCUUCUGGUUUCCUUGGCCCACGUCUCCUACUUCCACCUCAACGCCAUUACUUUGGCUUCCCUAUCCUUAGCGUUCGCGUGCUCGUUUUUCCUCCCAACGCCCCAGAAGAGUAUGUUCUUCCAUAAAGACGCUUCCCCAGAACAUCUCCACGGAACAGUUAAAAGUCCAGAGUCAAGUACCUCCGGCCCCAACGAGCCCUCCGGCUGCCAGGGGGACGGAGCCCCUGCACCACCCGACACAAGACCAACACCCGAGCAGCCGGCUGACCAAGCCCAGCCCCAGAAUCAGGCACUCAGGGUGCUGGUGCAGCUGUGCUGGGACUUACGGGAUUGCUAUGGCUCUAGAAAACUUCUUUACUGGUCCCUGUGGUGGAGCUAGUUCACAGCAGGCUUUAACCAGGUUGUGAACUAUAUCCAAGUGCUGUGGGACUUCAGAGCCCCCUCUCAUAGCUCUGCGGUCUAUAAUGGAGCUGCCGAAGCAAUAGCAACUUUUUUAGGUUCAGCAACAUCCAUGGCAGUUGGAUAUGUCAAAAUAAAUUGGGACCUUUCUGGAGAACUGGCUUUGGGGAUUUUUUCUGCAAUGGAUGCUGGUUCUCUAUUUCUCAUGUACUUUACCGAGAACAUCUGGGCAUGUUACGCUGGUUACCUUGCUUUUAAGUCAUGCUAUAUGCUCCUUAUAACAAUAGCAACGUUUCAGAUUGCUGUCAAUCUAAGCAUGGAGCGUUAUGCUUUAAUGUUUGGCUUCAACAACUUUUUUGCUCUGGUGAUUCAGACAAUUUUAACUGCUGUUGUAGUAGAUUCCAAAGGUCUGGGACUGGAUAUCAGCACUCAGUUUCUCAUUUAUGGCAGCUACUUUACAGUCAUAGCUGGGAUUUUCCUGAUCAGAAGCACACACACCAUUAUCUCCGUCAAAUGCAGAAAUACCAGUGUGACUGGGGAAAGUAUUGGUAAUUAAGGGGGAAGAAAAACAGAGAUGAAAAGAAUGGUUGCAAGCAAUAGUGCAGAAGGCCGCAUCACCUGAGCGAUGAAUUAGGGGAAACAACGCUCGAUCAAGCAGGUCAGUGGUGGAACGGGCUGUUUAUAUGCCUUGAGCAUAAAGAGCUUUGCUUUCCCCGCCUCCCAGCACCAUUUUCCCCAGUAGUUCUAAUCCCAACCUCAAACAACCCUCUAUUUCAACUCUAAUUUAAUGAUAAGAGGCCUGACAUCAAAACUUACAUUAGUGCUCAAUGAACGCCGUGGGAGGCGAGCGCACUCAGAGGCCUGAACCUCAAAGAAGAGUUGAGGAAAAACACCUUUGAGCUUGCACUUCUGUCGAGGAUUUCAACUGAAGGCAGCUUUAGUCUCACGUAACACCUUCACACAUUUCUAACGAGGCAGUUACCCCACAGCAGCAAAAUAUUCUCCAUGACAGCUUCCCACAAAACACUUCAAGGCUUACACUUUUCUCACCUGUAAGAUGUGACAUGCAUUUUAAAAACGAGUCAUCACAGAUAGCAAUAAAUCAUUUUUCUAGAGCUGCUACUUCUCUAUGUUCAAAAAUUGAUUACUGCAAUACCAUAUAGUAUAACAAUACUGUCUUUUCAGUUUAUUCUUGCUAGUGAGCGAAAAGCAGUCAGUUCAGACUCCACAUAGAUAAUACAUCCCUCUGAAGUCUGGAGUUACAGGACUUUAAAAAUACAUGUCAUUAGAGACAAACUGCUACUGAUGCAGUGACAAUUUUGCUGUAAAUUGGUUGAAGAUGCAUGAAUACAGCACACUAAAUGUCUGUCUUGAUAAAGAGAGAUUAGCUUAGAGACUCAGCAUACACCUUAAUUAUGUCUGACAACUUCUAGGACCCACAUAUACUGAUCUGUGGAAGCAAAAAACCCUCAACCCUUACUGGUGCUUUUUUUUUUUUGUUUU